AUGGUAAUACACACUGUUGAAGACGAGCAGGAAUGUGAUGAUAUACCUGAUCUCCAUCAGACGACAAGCGAGAUCACAUUCGUAAAAAAUGUUUUUAUUAGUAAAGAGGAAGCCUUGCCAAUCCUAAGAUCUCUCAACGAAAUGCAAACUGAGGUUUUUUACGCGAUUCGACAAUGGUGUGUAAAAAAAGCAAAUGGAAAAAAUCCAGAUUCAUUUCAUCUUUUUAUAUCUGGCGGAGCUGGAACCGGGAAAUCACAUUUAGUGAAAGCAAUUUAUUACGAGACAUCCAAGGUGCUCGCCAACAGAGCAGAAGUCAUUUCUCAAAUUCGAGUAUUACUGACCGCUUCCACUGGCGUUGCAGCAUACAAUAUCAAAGCCACAACAAUACACAGUACAUUUAGCAUCCCAGUACAAGCGACAAUUCCAUAUAGACCACUUGCAGAAGAAAAACUCAACACCUUGAAAUGCAGGUAUGAAAAUUUGGAAUUAUUGAUCAUUGGUGAGAUAUCAAUGGUCGAUUACAAAUUAUUAUCAUAUAUUCACGGAAGAUUACGCCAAAUAAAAAGCGCAAGCGAUGAGUUUCCAUUUGGCAAAGUAAGCAUAAUUGCAGUAGGGGAUUUCUAUCAACUUCCUCCGGUUAAAGCAUCCCCGUUGUUCAAGCCAAAUCCGUUGGGCGAUCUAUGGAAUGGGUAUUUUAAGCUAGUAGAGCUUAACGAAAUUAUGAGGCAAAAGGGCGAUAAAAAAUUUGCAGAAAUGCUUAAUCGUAUACGCACAAAGAAAAAAGGCGAGAUAAUGAACGCAUGUGAUAUUUCGAUGCUCUCUCAGCGUGAAACUGGUGAAACAAAAUCAGAUAUCAUCCACAUUUACCCAACAAACGCUCAAGUAAAUGAAUUUAACUUGAAACGUCUUCUUUCUCUUGAUAAGGAAAUAGUAGAAAUAGCUGCUGAUGUUUUAACUCCCACGGUGAUGUUGCUACGCAACAUUGAUGCAACCGAUGGACUUGUUAACGGUGUAAUUGGUACCAUUGUGAGCAUUCACCGCGCAGAAAGUACAAUUGAAGUAGAUGUCAUCCAUGUCCGAUUUGACGACCAUCGUGUUGGCGCCGCAUUGAGAAUGAGAUCAAAAUGCAGAUAUGAGGACGGCGUUCCUAUCACAAAAGUCGAAGAUUCAUUUUCAGGCCGCGGCAGUUACAAACAGUUUCUCCUUAAACUGUCGUGGGGAUGCACUAUUCAUAAAAUGCAAGGUGUUACAGUGGACGCUGCUCUCGUUGACUUCAAAAAAGCCUUUAGAGCUGGUCAAAUAAGUGAAUGCUAUGAUAAAAACGAUGAUUUUUUCGGACAAUUUGAAAACAAAAAAGCAAGGGGGAGUUGGAUUUUUGCUUCGAAGCGAAUUGAAAGUGAGGGUGAUGGACAUUGA